CCCCGAUGCCUUGCAGGACGUGGAUGACUGGGAUCUGACUGAGCUCAACCAGGACAACUGGGAUUCUGCGGAGAGCGGGGACGACGACGUCCCGUCCCCGCCGCUGGUUCCCAUCGGGCGAGACCCCCUGGGCCGCCUCAGCCCCGCCUCGUCCGGCGACACGGCCCGCUCGUCGGACGAAAGCAUCGAGCGCGGCCGGCCGAGCGAGUCGCCGUCCGAAGAAGCGGCGGAGGGCCUCCCGGAGCCUGCGGCGCCCCCGCUGGACAGAUGCGGGAGCGCCGCUCUGCUGCGGCAGCUUCUGGAGGACGCUGGCCAGGACAAAGAUCCUGAUGUGUGGAGCAAGAUGGAGAAGUUGGUGCGGCAGCUGGACGGAUUCAUCGGCUGGCUGCAGGGGGCGCUGGAGAGCACUGGCGACUGGACGCCGCCCGAGGCCCACUUGGACGCGCUCAAGCUCUACCUGGACACCCACCUGGCGUUCAAACUCAACGUGGACAGCCACAAAGCGCUGAAAGAGAGCAUCGUGGAGGACGGAACGGCGCUCCUCGCCAUCAUGCCCGCCCAGCAAUCAGGACUGCGCGACAUCCUCCGGAUGGUCUCGGGCCAGUGGGAGCAGCUGCGGCUUCAGAUCCGCCGCCAACACGCCUGGAUGCUGCGCGCCCUGCGCCUCAUCCGCGCGCGCCUCCUCCUGCCCGCCGAGGGGCCUCCGCCGGACCGCCCGCAGGCGGAGCCGCCGUCCGGUCUCCAGGACACCCGGCGGGACGCCCUCCGGGAGAUGGCCGCCAAGCUGGGCGACCUGCGCGACAUCUCGCCCGCCGGAAGGUAGGAGCCCACCUUCAGGCCGCAGGACUUUGAGCGAGCUCCCGAGGAGCCGUGGGAUCUGCCGACGGAGGCCGACGACGCGCUGAGCGACGGCCGGCGGACGACCGCCUUGGACCGGCGACCCCGGGAUGCCGCCGGGCCGCCGGGCGCGGACGUCCCCGAGCGCCUGCGGGCCAGCGUCGAGGAGCUGAAGGCGUGGCUGCGACGCACCGAGCUCCUCAUCUACGACUCGUGCCUGCGACGGCCGCAUCGCGACGCCCGCCGGCAGCUGGCCAGCUUCAAGACUUUGUGCUCGGACGUGCGGGCCCGGCGACGCGGCGUCUCCCGGCUUCUGAAACUUUGCCGGCGACUCCUCCGGCACGACCAGCCGGGCCCCGAGGCGGAGCGGGACGGCGAGGACCUGCAG